CCUCGAAACCAUCAUCAUGCUACUCCACUGGAUAGUCCGCUCCAUGGAUGGCGACGAGGCCUCGGAAUCGGAAUCGAGCUCGAGGGGCCAGCAGACCGCAACACAUCGUGUGAUCAGGGCGUUGAAGGAACUGUUGGACUACUAUCAGUUCUCACUAAGUCAAUCGUUUUGCCAUCAUGUAGAAAAUAUUUCGAUCGAUCGACUGGACUGGAAGAGAAAGAUCUUGAACGAUUUGCAAACAAGCCUACUGCCUCUGAUCAAGCGCCAAAUCUCGGUCCUCCUAAACUCACUAGACCUAUCUCAUAUGCCAAUUCAUGCUUGUCCCAACCCAGAAUUGACCCUCCAAAUCGUAUCAGAAAUAGAACAUACCCUUGACGAAACCCGAUCGGCCGUGGAACUCAUCGCUCUUCGACAGCCCCUACCAGCCUCAAGUCAUGACCAUCACCUCGAGAAAUUCAAGUCCAUAAGAUCUCUUCGACUGAUGCGGAAGACCAAGACUCUGAUACAAGAGAAUCUGUGCGACUUAUUCGAAGCAUGUGCACUUCUAAUCUGGGAACACGAAAACAAUGAUCCAGAAGACUUAGGCUAUCAGGCCCACGCUUCCAAACGGAGACAACGAAUCACGAUGAUGGCUGCCGAUUAUCAAAAUCGAGUUGAUCGACUAAUCGAAUGGUCAAAACUAUCUGACUUUGGCUUCCUUCAACACGAGUGGAGACUGACCUCAUACAAACUCAGCGAGACCUUGGAGGUCUUGGGCAAGAUGACAAACGAAAGCUAUUCUACCUCAUCAAACAACGACAAGGAAGAUGAUCAGAUUGCUGAAGAUCGAUCAGUAGAAGACGAGGAGACAAAGCGAUUAGCUGACCAUAGGGAACGCGCUAAUCAAAUCGCCCAAUCGUUCAUUCCAUUCAUCAAAUUAGGACGAAUCUUCUAUGACAAACUAUCGAAAACAGCGAUCAAUCGAUUACCAUUUGAAUUGUAUACUGAGAUGAGCUCAGAUCAACUGGAGCUCCUGGCUAACAGGACGUCUUGGAUUGAAUCGAGUAUCAAUGACCUGAUGGGCGAGCUAUCUAGACUGCAUAAUUCAUCAGAAGAUUUUGAACGACGGAUCAGCUGGAUGAGGAACGAAGCCAUAAUGACUCUGUAUAGGCUCGAUCGGACCUUGCUCGACUUAUCCCUCAAUCUGAUCCCUGUGCACACAACUACAAGCACUGCUUAUAGUAGCUCUCCUCCUCAAUCUCACUUCAAAACUUGGUUUCUACCCUUGAAAAAACAGUUCCGGGCUGCUUGUGUCCAUUUUCUUCGGACCAUUAAUAUUGGUUUUGGGGAUCUACUUGGACAAGACAACGAGAGUGAGUCGGAAGAGGACGAGAACGAGAACGAGAACGAGAACGACAGACGAGUGGAAGAAGAUCCUAUCCCUUGACUCAGAAUCAAGAAUCACCUAGUGGCAAUUUAAUUUAACCACCAAACAUUUUUUUUUUUGCUCUUUGAUGACCUCCAUAGCAUCUGCUUUUUGAAUUUUUAGAAAUCUUGUAAUUUGUUCUUGAAUCAAAUGUUCUAAAAAUGAUCUACAAUCCUUUAAUACUUGUUGCUCUCUUCACAGCCAAUCAAUGCUUUUAAUUUUCUCUUAUGCUGGCGCAAUUUAAC